AUGGUCGGUGGGUUCACUGAGUGGGCGCACCUUCGGCUACGCGACCAUCGCCCUGGGCCGAUGAAUUACGACCUAACCGUUUCUGAUGCACCAAAACGCUCAAUUCUUGGAAAAUAUCCGAUACGGCAGUCGGGUUCUGGGGUAGGUCCGGGCCAAUACUGUAUACCAUCAACUAUUGGAGACUGCCGCUCGACAAUCCUCCGCCCACCGGUUGCAGCUGUUCCAGGAAAUGCCGAUCGCGUUUCGCCUAAGAGGCCUUCACGCAGCGCGUCAAAGGGUAGAGCGGCCAUACGCAGCGUAAGCGAAACGAAGAAAUACUUAGCUGAUGCUCCCGCGUUCUCUAUUUACGGGAAAUUAAAGGAUAUCACGCCGGUUAAUUUGGCAGGACCAGGUGACUAUGAUUUUCCUUCCACUUUUGGAGCCCCAGGGAAGGGACCGACGUUUGGAAAGCGGACAAAACUGCUAACCACCCGCGACAUCGUACCGGGACCCGCAACAUAUGAUGUGCCCCGAUUUGGCGACGAAAAGCCUAAGGGGAGGGAAAUAAUUACAGCCAUUGAGAGGAAGCAUAAAACGGAUACGGGUCCUGGACCAGGGAGUUAUGACGACCCCACUACAAUUGCCGCACGCAUUGCAAGGACAAAGCGGUUCAUCGUUGACGUACCCACCUUCGGUGUUCGCCCACCCACUCCCUCCGUUGCUAUUCACCGUGGCCCGGGACCUGCCCAAUAUGGGGAUGUGAGCCGCAUCAUGACGAAGACGGUGACACGCACACCGAUAUUCCGUGAACCGACGGUGCGAACACCAAAGAGUGAGGCCGAAGUUGUGAAGGAAGAGCCCGUUUCAGACGGUAACCUGCCAUCUGACUUUGACUACACGUACAGUAAAGGAGUUAGCUUCGGACCUCGUUCCUUCGUUUUGUUGGUACCGUCUACGAGUGAUGUAGUUGGACCUGGCUCGUAUGAUCUCUCUAAAGUGCCACACAGAGUUAGAGGCGGUCGCUUUGCACAACAUCCGUAUGAUUUGCAUGCCGCUGCUAAGGCUCUUAUGAAAUCACGAGAAGUUGCCGUCACCGGUGGUGGCCCCAUGUACAAUCCCAACAUUGAUGCUGUGAAGCCCGUCAAAUCCUUCUGUAUUCCAGGUUUCGGAGCGGCUAAGAGGUUUUGUGACCAAACAAGCACCGGUUCCAACUUCUACAACAUCAGGCCGCUGUCGCCAGGUCGAAGUACGGUGUUUUAUCGUGGUGAUUACAACAAAAGUGCAUAUCUUAAGGGGCAAGAGUCUUCGAAAUUAAUGUAUAAUGUCAAGAAUGGUACCAUUGCUGAAGGCGUGGAGCAAGGCAAAGGCGUUACAUUUGGCAUCCGCUACCCCGCUCGCGCUACUCAUCAAGUGUGCAAGCCGUAUGAUGAAACGACUAACAUCAAUUGCGUUUACGCGGAUGAGAUGACGUGGUUAGUCGGAAGGUAG